AUGGCCCCCAAGGCAGCUGAGAAGAAGCCCUCCACCGGAGGCAAGGCCCCUGUUGGCGGCAAGGCUCCCGCUGAGAAGAAGGAGGCUGGCAAGAAGACCGCCGCCGCCUCUGGCGAGAAGAAGAAGCGCGGCAAGACCCGCAAGGAGACCUAUUCCUCCUACAUCUACAAGGUCCUCAAGCAGGUUCACCCCGACACCGGUAUCUCCACCCGUGCUAUGUCCAUCCUGAACUCCUUCGUCAACGAUAUCUUCGAGCGCGUUGCCACUGAGGCCUCCAAGCUGGCUGCCUACAACAAGAAGUCCACCAUCUCUUCCCGGGAGAUCCAGACUUCCGUCCGCCUCAUCCUCCCCGGUGAGCUGGCCAAGCACGCCGUGUCUGAGGGUACCAAGGCCGUUACCAAGUACUCUUCCUCCGCCAAAUAA